UAUCUAUGUGUGUGUUUACUAAAUGCCUUGCUCCAGCAGUGCCUGCUGUGUCAUAUUCCCAGGCUGGUUCAGCAGUAAACACCAAUACACGCUCCUGCUGUAAUGCGCGCUCCCGAGAGCCACGAGGCCGCGCGUUUAACUUGCCGUAGCCAUGGCUGCGGUAAGCACUCACCCUCCUUCACUGACCUGACGGGGUCAGACAGCAGCAGGCAGGUAAUUGGCACCAGGAUGAUACCGGCGGACACGUAACUACUGGAUGUUCUUUUGUCCAAGUUGUCUACAUCCUGUUCUCGGCAUGCUCGACAAACAGAUCUCCAACUCACCUGCUGGAUUAAAGCGUCAGGAUGAACGUCUUCUUCCACUUCCAAAGUUGCUCCAGAGAUUACGGAGGCAUCAUGUCGGUUUUGGGCUCGGACUCCUGGUGGAAGAAGACCCUGUACAUCACCGGGGGGGCCCUGCUGGCUGCUGCAGCCUACCUACUGCAUGAGCUGCUCGCCAUCAGGAAGGAGCAGGAGUUGGACUCCAAAGACGCCAUCAUCCUCCAUCAGUUUUCCAGGCCAAAGAAUGGUGUGCCCAGCCUCUCGCCCUUCUGCCUCAAAAUAGAGACGUACCUGCGGAUGGCGGAUCUGCCCUACCAGAACUACUUUGAUGGGAGGCUAUCUCCGCAAGGUAAGAUGCCCUGGAUCGAGUACAACCAUGAACAGGUGUCGGGGUCAGAGUUUAUAGUGGACUUCCUGGAGGAGAAGCUGGGUGUGAACCUCAACAAGAACCUCACCCCGCAGGAGAUAGCUGUGUCCCGCGCUGUCACCAAAAUGGUUGAGGAACACCUCUACUGGACAAUAGCUUACUGCCAGUGGGUGGAUAACCUGGAGGAAACACAGAAGCUGCUGGCGAUGAGUGGGCCUCUGAGUGACACGCUGAAAUGGAUGCUGAGCCACCUGAAUGGUGGCAUGGUGCGGCGGGAGAUGUACGGCCACGGCAUCGGACGCUUCUCCAAGGAGGAGGUCUACACACUGAUGGAGAAGGACAUGAGGACACUGGCCACUCUACUGGGAGAUAAGAAAUACUUCAUGGGGUCUAAGAUGUCAACAUUAGAUGCUACAGUGUUUGGGCAUCUAGCUCAAGCCAUGUGGACUUUACCUGGAACACGACCAGAGCAACUUAUCAAAGGAGAGCUGAUCAACUUGGCUAUGUUCUGCGAGCGGAUGCGGAGGAGGUUCUGGCCCGAGUGGUUUGUUGAGGUGGAGGAUUUUUACUACGACGGAGACAGCGAGAGCAGCAGCGGGGGCACCCCCACGGGCCUGCUGGACUUCGGCCUCUUCUCCAGGACUGACACGCUGGACGACAGCGAUGGCAGCAGCCACUCAGCCGGACGCACGCACACACAUUCCCCCGACUCUGACCGCUCGCUUUUUGAUUCGGACGUGGGCACAGGGUCUGACAAUGAUGCUCAGUUUAAAGAGGAGUCAAUGCCAGACCUGGAAGUUUGACCUAGGCAGACUGAGACUGACCGAAGGCUGGAACAGUCGGUGCUACAGGCUGCUGUGUGGUUUUGCUUAAAUAAAUCUGGCUGGAACGAUGUGUCCAAGCAGCAGCUCGCACACAGCUGAAAGAACUAUUCCAGCUCCUCCACCUGUAAUGCCCAGCAUGUUACAACUUCCCAAUGGGCAGACUGGGCGUUUGUAUGCAGACGAUGCAAAAUAAACCUUACAAAACAUGCAACUGUACAGUCAGUUCCCUCCCGUUACGUCAGAACUGUCCCUGUGACAGUUCCUCUUUGCCUUAUUUGUCUCAUCCUAAGAUGCAGAAGCUAGCGCGAAAGGUUAAAACACAAAGGAACCAUCUCAUGAAGAGCGCGUUGGCAACAGAAGAGUGCUACAGACAUGACAGGUGGCACUUCACUUGCUAUGAAAUGAUGCAACUAAUCACCACUCUGCCGUGUGUCAUAACGCACAAAACCACUGAAACAGGUGGAGAUUGAAAAAGGAACAGCUGCCAUGUCUCUGCUGUUAGCCAUCCGUGUGCUGAGGAGUAAACACAGAUGACAUUGAGCAUCAGUCCGUGCAUUAAGUUGACCCUAAAGUCAUUUUCCUCAUGCUCCCUCUUGCUUCUGUAUGUGGUGAAAAAAAAGUAAUUCAAUUAUUUUGUCUAAAACCCCAGAUACACUUACUGUAUAGGCCUGUUGAACAGAAAUCAGGAAGUAAGAUUUGUGCCUGUUUCUUCUGCAAGCUUCAUCUUAUUUUCUGCCCAGUAAGUAAUUAUCUGCCUGCACUUUGUUAUUCUUGAACUUGGAGAGUUGGUUUUUUUUUUUGUUGUUGUUGUUGUUGUUGUUGUCGGGUUUUUUUUUUUUUUUUUUUUUUUUUGUAGUUUCUUCUAAACUUCUUGUGGUCUUAUCGAAGAGCUGCCGUUCUUGUAUUUGACCACUAGAUGGAGUCAGCAGUCCGCCUGUUGCCUUCUACAUCAAGGUCACUCCAGCCUAAGGACGUGCAGUACAUUUAACACAAGAAAUUUCCACUUCUUUGCUAAAUCUCCCAUUCAUACGUAGCGCGCGCUUGUGUGUGAGUGCGUGUGUGUGUGUGUGUGAGAGAGAGAAAGAUACUGCAUACUACAACUUAGCGCAGCAACAACUCACCCUCAGCGCUCAGAACAUUGAAACAAAUGGGUGAAACUCCUUUGCGACAUUUUUUUGUUAUGAUAUAAUUUAUUAUCAGUGCCACUUGAUAUUAUUCUUUCUACAGUAAUUUAUUUUUUGUUAAAUAUAUACAUAUAUUUAAUGUUAUUUCUUUUUCUUAUUGCUCUCAAAGAGAGAUCUUAAUUUGCACUAGUGGAAAUUUAAUUUUCACCUCAUUUCAGUCGGAGGAGUCAGCUGUGAAGGCACAGAAUGGAGACUGAAUGACGCUGAUAAAGAUCAAGCUGCAGUGGACUGUGCUGCUCAUGUCGGCUGCGCAUAUGCGAAUGUUACCGGGUGUGAAUGUCAUCAGUGAAGCAGCUGAUAAAGUGUUUGCAGACUGGACUGAGUCAGAAUACCAAAUGAAAAGGAAGCGACUAUAGCUUGGUGGAAAAUCUUGAUUAAAAUGUGGACCAAAGUGUCUGGGCCGGGGGGAGCGUUCGUUUUUGUCUGUCACGUUAAGCUCGCUGGAAGUGCUCGUAAUGAAAAUGUGAUGGCUUUAAAAACUGACUAUGGUACAUAAAAAGUAAGUGUGACUUGCAUUAAAGGGUCUACAAACCCUGAUUAUAAACUUUUUUUUUCUCCUCACGAGUGGCACUAAACCGUGCAGAUAGUUUUGUUUUGAAUUCUCCAGGCUCGGAGAUGUCUCUUUUCUUAUUUCACUCCACUUAUUAAAAAAAAUCUUCAUUCAAUUUGCUGGAUAGAUGGUCAGAGUUGUCAGAUUAAUUAGUUUUUAUGUGACAAAAAGUGGAAUAAAUAAAAAGUAAAGGAACAAAAUAUGAGAUAUGAGAUGGUUAACUUAAACACUUAUUAGCCUAGAAUCUUACAGUGCAAACAGGUUUCAUAGGUUAUAUUCACAUGCUGGCAAAAAAGGCCCAAAUCAGAUUCCUUUGCUUAAAUACCACUCGUGUUUCUUCACAAAAGCACAAAUCACAGAAAUCUGCUUUCUUUUUUUCAAUUCUUUCAUAUGGAGCCCUGAAAUACAGAGUUUUUUAUUCAGUGAAAAUCAGAAUCCAACCACUCCGGGCUCCAACACUGCCUCCACGCCUCUAUAUGAAGCUAGGAGUUACUGUACCACAAAAAGCCACGAUCUUUCUCUUUGUCCUCUCUGAUUAGACGGCUUCUUCUGCACAUCAACUUAAAAGUGAAAUGGUAAAUGGAUUUUUUCGGCCUCUUGUCGCUUCUGUGUAAAAGUACGAUGCACGGGACACUGUUACACAUGUGUCUCACUGUUUUUCUGAUAUUGGCUAAGAGAAGAAUGCAAAAAAGAAAAGUGCCAAACAAACUCAUCGGAGGAUUAAACCAGAAUUUCUGCAUAGGAGCUUGGAGUGUGAACCCAGCCUUCGGAUGUCUGUCACAAAAAUCAAUUGACUUGUAAAUCAUUCAAAUUAAUCUUCUUUUAAUGUUAAAUACUAAAGCUAAUAAGAUGACCUUUGAAUUUUGCAUGUUUUCGAAACAUUUUUGAACAUAUUUUACCUGUCACCAAAAAAUUGAGUCUUUUUUUUUUUUUUGAGCAACUAUCAGACAUUUCUGCAGAAUUAUUUAAAGCUCUUGGUAACUUCUUUUUUUUUUUUUUUUUUCAGAAUAGGAUCCACUUAUUUUUCUAAUGCAAACAGAGUCGUGUUGCAUUUUUCCCGGCACCUCUCCGGUGAUUGUUUUGGUUGCGCAGGCUGCAACUUAACUGCUUUUUGCUAAGUCUCACUGCUCUCAUUAGUGUCAUUCUUAGAAGCAGCUGGCAGCUUUUUAGCUCUAGACAAACUGCUUAGCACCAUAUGACACUAAUAAUGACGGUAACUUGCUGGUGAUCAUAAUUGAGCUUAUUUAGCAAGUAAAGAGCUAAAAUUUCCUUCAGAAGUUGGAGACCAAACCACUGAUAAAUUUGAGUGAGUACUGUAGUUAAAUCAGACAGCCAGGAAUGCCAGUUGAACAACAAUGCUCUAAAUGUCUCUAAUGAGCAAGUGUAUAGAGAUAUAUAUAAUAUACUGUUAGCUUACUGGAUUAAUAUUAAACGUCCACCUUUCUAAUAAUGAGUUUAUGUCGGUAAUCUCUGUGAGCCAAAAGCUCAGGGUUCAGACUGCUCUUAAUGCUCCGUUUUAGACAUUUUUUCCACUCUUGGCUCUCACUGCGAUCAAUGAGGGGUUAUCCCUAAUAGCUUUGGCAGUGGGAACAGAAGCCGACCCACCAGCUGUUCAAACCUGUUGUUUGUGAGAGGCACCCAAUCAGAAGAAAUUUGUUUUUAAUGUGUGAGAGGUAAAAGAGCUUGUUUCAGACAGAGGCCGGACUGAGGGAGGCACUGUAGAAGAUACACAAGGUUUAUUUUUAAAACUAUGAAGUGGAAGUGAGAGCGGCAGUUCACUUUAAAUAAGGAAAAAAAUCCAUCCAUUUCCAUCCUUAUGAAGUAAAAGUGGAUAUCUCAAAACCUGGCCAGGGAAAACCAAAACUGUCUGCAUGUCUAUGUAUCAUCUGAGGAGAUGACUUUUAUGUUUUGUUUUGUUUUUUAUUGUUUUGGGAGAACAAUCCUGGGUAGCUGCCCAAAGGCCAGAGAUGAACUGAGACUCAGGUUGUACAAACAACCUUCUUCAAUCAUGUCGUCCUGUGGUUUGCAUUCCGACCUGAUCCGCACCGGUCUUGGUUGUGUGCUUCUCAGUCGCCUCAUCCAGUCUGGGCAUGAUAUUACAGUACAGUUGGACUGCAUUAAUCAAGCCAUAUUAAAACUAGAUGUCUUGUUAUUGGAACCACGUCAUAGCGUUUGCUGCUGGUGUCAUGUAAAUAUUGUAUGUGUGACAAAGUGUAUCAUACUGUAUGUAGAGCUGACUGACUGAUCAAACUACCUGUGGCAGUCAUACAAACUGGAGUGACUGGAUGAUUUCAAUAAAGACUAGCUGUGACAAUUUUAA